CUGAUAUAAGCGGUUGUUCACGACUCGUGACGUUAGUUGAACUCAGGCAUAUGAUAAAAUCGUUAUUUCGACACGAAUUUUAAAAUUUAAAGUUUGUAAUAACGUUUUUUUAGGGCGUUUAGGUGGCAGAUUUAAAUUGAUAUUCUCGAACACCGCACAUUUGCGUUAAGUGAGAUAAUAUAUUGGAACGCAUAGCGACGAUGGUUUUAAAAAUAUCACUCGUGUUAUUAUGUUCCGUGAGUAUAAAUCAUAUCUACUGCUAGUAACUCGGUAAAUAUUCGCCGCUUGGGUAAAUACCGGUUAUUUACCCGGUAAAUUGGGUUAAUGUUUAACGCGAUACUAUGUGUAUUUUUUUUUUUUUAAACUUGUUGGGUUUUUUAAUCUUUUUUUACUUUACACAAGUCAUAAAUUUAAUUUAUUCUUCAUAAAUUAAUAGAAAUAUUAUAUAUUUACUAAAAUUGUAUGAGAGGGGAGGGCUAAUACUCAAAAUAUUUACUUAACCUUUUAUUCAAGGCACAUCACCGACUACCGCACUGUUUAUAAGGUUGUAAUAUUAUUAUUAUUGUUGUUUUUUUUUUUUGUUUUAGAUAUUUGUCGAAAUUGCCACGAUUGAAUAUCCUCACGAUUUCGCUCCGAAAUUAUCGUCGGGCGAGCACGACAUAAAAUUCCAAUUUAUCGUCGUUGGCGGUGGCAGCGCCGGUGCGGUAGUUGCGACCCGUCUCAGCGAAAUAACAGAUUGGAACGUUCUACUUUUAGAGGCGGGUUCCGAUCCACCGGCUACGACAGAAAUACCGCUAAAAUGGAGUUUGGCCAUGCACACGGAAUACGAUUGGGAAUUUUUCACAGAGACCCAAGAAAAAGUCUUCAAAGGGUUAAAAGACGAACGGAGUUACAUACCUCGGGGAUGCAUGCUGGGCGGUUCUUCGUCCAUGAACGUAAUGUUAUACUUGCGUGGAACUAAGUUCGAUUACGAUAAAUGGGAGAGCAUGGGAUGCCCCGGUUGGGGUUUCGAAGAGAAUUUGGAGUAUUUCAAAAAGAACGAAAAUUUCACCGAUGACACUAGGUUCGAUCCACAAGUCCAUGGAAACAGCGGGCCCAUCUCGGUCAGUCCGUAUGUAGCCCCUGAUCCUGCCAUAGGUACGAUAGGUGAAGCGGCAGAUUUAAUGGGCCUAAAGAAUGUGAAGGACUUGAACAAACUGGGGCGGACGACGGGGUACGCGAUGUCCGACAGUACGACUAAGAACGGUCUGAGGUGCAGUACAUUGAAGGGGUAUUUGAUACCCAAUAGCGAACGGCCGAACUUAUUUGUGGCGAAAAAGACAAGAGUUACUAAGGUGUUAAUCGAAAACAAAAAAGCGUACGGCGUAGAGUUUGUGACGGCAACUGGCGAGUUCAAGACCGUCAACUGUACUAAGGAAGUGAUAGUCUCGGCCGGGGUCAUGAUGAGUCCUCAACUUCUCAUGUUGUCCGGUAUCGGGCCGGCGCAACAUUUAAACGACAUGCAAAUCGAUUUAGUCGCCGACCUGCCCGUCGGUCUCAACUACCAAGAUCACAUUGCCUUCUACGGAAUGGUGUUGACUGACCGCAAAAACAGACCUAAAGAAGAUAUAGCCAAAGAGAGUCAACAACUCAGAAAAGAAACGAUGCAAUUGAUUCCCAAAGGUAUAAGCACGAUGGGAUUAACCGGUCUUGUAAGUUUCGUUGAUACCACGGGAGACCAGCAACCCGACAUCGAGAUAAUGAAAAUCAGGUUUUCGUAUAACACGACCAAGCAGUUGGACAUUUUCCGGAGAAUGUUUAGUUUUUCAGACGACAUGGCGAACAUAUAUAACGAGUUGGGCAUGCUCAGCGACAUUAUACUCAUGAUACCAAUCAGCAAUCAUAUUGUAAACACUGGUCACGUAGAGCUCGCGUCCAAAGAUCCGUUGGUAAAACCGAAAAUAUACGCUAAUUUUUUAACGGACCAGGCCGAAUACGAUGUGCUGAUCGAAGGCAUAAAGUUCGUGGUGGACUUGUGCAAGAAGAAACCGAUGGUCGACGCGGGUUACGAGUUGGCGGAGAUUAAGUUUCCGGGGUGUCCGGACAUCGAAUUCGAUAGCAAAGAAUAUUGGACGUGCGCGAUCGAUCACGUCGCGUCUUCGAUAUUUCACUCGGUGGGCACGAACCGGAUGGGCGCGGCCGACGACAAGACCGCGGUGGUCGAUAUUGAUUUGAAAGUGAAGGGCGUCGAAAAUCUCCGGGUGAUCGACUCAUCCGUGAUGCCACAUUUAGUGUCGUGUAACACCAACGCGGCUACCAUGAUGAUCGCGGAAAAAGCCUCGGACAAAAUCAAAACGCAAUACGGCAAAUGCGGUACGGCCGACAGCGAUGCGAAAUCCUCGGCCGACCAAGUAUAGUCGGUUGGGAGGCCGGCACAUAUUGUUUAUAAACGCUGUUAGGUUAGGCAGUUUAUUAAUUGAUCGUAUUCUCCCACCAGUGUAUAAUGAUUAGUGUCUAAUACGGUAACGAUUACUGCGGGUACUACCCGUCGUACGUUUCGAUUAUUUUUAAGUUAAAGUAUCUGUUUGUAGGUGCGUAAUAUUAUAUUUUAACGGCCAAAGUGUAUUAAGUGCCAUUAAGUAAGGCGAUAUAAUAUAUAUAUAUAUAUAUAUAUAUAUAUAACGGUUUUAAUUCAAUCGAAUCUUAAAUUGUCAAAACAAAAUCGUUUCAUUAUACAUUCGAAUAAUAUACGUUAGGUGUAAGCUUUGAACGAAUCACGAAUUAAGAUUGUGCGUGACACGAAGCGUAGCGUCAUGUCGGUGCUUUAGCGUCAUCUCACUAGUAGUGAUUUAAAACAGUUGCGAUGUAAAAACGAACUAAAACCUUGAGUACCUAAUUAUAAUUAUCUUAAGUACGCUGUGCGCUAUCGCGAUUUGAUUUUAGGAUAUCAUUAUUCGUGCGUACCGCACAUACACGCGUGGGUAACGGCACACGCUCAAAUCGGGUCCCGAUAGAGACGUCCGGAAAAAGCGAAAUCCAAUAAUCAAUCGAAUAACGUUUUUUGAUGUUAUAAUACGUGUAGUAUAUUUCCCAUUAUUACACGAAUACCUGUAGUCGUUACUCGUUGCCCGCUGCAUUUAGUAAUCCACCAAUAACCGUAGAGUAUAAGUAUAAACUCGCGUCUGUAUCUAUUUAAUAUCAUUGAUUGUAUAUAAAUUAGUUACACUGGCAUCCGUUGGGGGUGGCGAGAGGAGGACACGCUACCCCCCCCCGAGAAAAUAAUAAAGUAUCCAAAAAAUAAUUAUAUAUGCUUUGAAUCUAUCAAAAUAAAUUCCAUUAUAUUCUUUAUAUUGAUAAUGAUAACUAUAGACUUUUGCUAAUCACUAAGCUAAUAUUUACGUAAUUGCAUACCCUUUCUUUUUCAUUCCUUUUCAAGAAAUAUCAACCUAGUGUCCCCAAAUAUAUGCGUAUAAUAGGUUUUUACAUUUAGAUUCAUUUUGUCCUAUUGUACCUUACAUAAUCAUCAUAGAAAAUAGAAAUUGUUUUUAAAAUAAUCUAGGGACCAAUUUGAAAGUACCUUUUGUAACAAUCCGGGAACCAAUUAGGACGUUUCGGGAUAAAUUCAGAUAAACCGAAAAUAUUAUACUACAUUGCAUUAUCUAAAUAGUUCACAACACUAGGUGCGUGUUAGGUGUCUUGCCGUAACGACACAAUGUUCGUGAUUCGCUGAUAUGACGCACGUUUCGUAUCCUGCGUAUUAUCUUAAUUCAAACGGAUUACACAUCAUAAUAGUAUUUGUAUUGAAUUCGAACGACAGAAAAAAAAAGCGUUUGGUAAACCGACAUUUUAGCUCAAUGCGUACUCGUAAAAUAAAUAGUAAAACGUAGUGAAUUAAAAUAUUAUUAAAUGUUUUUUUUUUUUUAUUUUGUCAGUGUAUGUAUUUAUUUUGUAAAAAUAAUUUUUUUAUCUGUGUUUUAAGUGUAAUGGUUUUUUUUAAGUUUCGAUACAGUAUUGUAUGUCAAUCCCGAGAGUGUUCUACUACAGUGUAAAGAAUGAACAAAUAUCGGGAAAUUUUUGUUUAUCAACGACGGUCAUUUUGAAAAUUGUGAUCGUGAAACAAACGACAAAAAUGCUUGAAUCGCUCGUACUUUGACAGCAUUUAAAUACACGAUAAUAGUUUUUAUUGGUUUUCAUCAUCCGUUUAAUCGUUAUCGGGUGCACCUUUAACCGUUUUUACUGUUAUCAGUCGCAGUUUUCAAACGCAGUUCGAAGAUUUAGUCUAACUCUCUGACCGGGAAUUUCCCCUACCGUAUUGAAGAGUCUAUUUAGUGUGCAAUACAACUAAUAGUGUACCUUUAAUAGAACAUGUGGUACACCCAACGUGUAAAACACGAAAACUAAUGUGUGCAAAUUAUAAAGAGUGUAACAACCAAACAUUAAUAACCUUGGAAACAAUGUGGUUUUGCUGAUAAUACAAAUCUAAUUAAUUGAAUACGAUAAACUUUGAUGGCUUUACUGAUUUCGAAAAUAAAUAAAAUUCAAUAAAUGUACUUUUAUUUUAUGUUAAACUUCAAAAUGAAAACAUGUGACAAUAAUAAAGCAAACAAAAACGUUUACGUUAAUCUUAUUUACUGUUUAACUAAGUUUAAAAACAAUGUUACCUCAAGUAAAAAAUUAGGGAAUAUAUUAGAUUUAGGGGCCAAGAAUGGGUGUGGGGACGAAGCAACCACAGGUUGGCUUUCAUAGAAAAAAAAAAUAUAUGUAUUACACCAGUACGAAAAGUUACAAAAUAAACC